AUGACGAGGCCAGAGAGGUGGCACAACCUGAGGGACAAGAAGAUAGGGAGGUUCGCCUGCCGUUCCUCAUCCUCGGUAGCAGUGAAGGAGGAGGUGAGUCCCACGCCGGGGUUCGAGAAGACGCCGGCCUUAAAGAAGAAGGCUGUCCCGACCACCCUGCCGGGGUUGAAGAAGAAGGCCGCAGUCAUCACUAGGAAGGAGAAGCACCUGGCAGCAUUGAUGAAGGAGAAGCAGCUGGCGGUGAUGAAGAAGAAUGCCAGGCUAGACAUGCCCACUUCCUCGGCCAUGGCCUCGAGGUCAGCGGGCAAGAAGCCGGCGGUGGUGCUCACGGUGGACUCAGAUAGCGAGGAGGAAGGAGAGCCCGUGGAGGCGAGGAGGAAGGAGAGGAAGGCCACGCAAGCAGCGGCGGCGGUGCCUUCUUCCUCGGCCACGGCGCCAAGGGCAGCGGACACUAAGAUGUGUGACCACUGCUUGGAGGGAGGAGCCAGGAUGUGUCGUUUAUGGCUCCGCGGUGGCGCCAACUACGGCGAAGUCAGCGUUUCAAGAUCCACCCAUGGCCAGGUUCGAUCUUAUCAGCUCCCUCUAAGUACCAUGCAUGAGGCCCUGGACGCAGCUCUGAAACCCAUCAUGAAGAGCAUAGGCGGUCUUCAGCGGAGUGUUGACGAACUCAAGAAAGAGAAGGCUGAGAACGAAGAGAAGGAGAAGCAUCUCAAGAAGAACCUGGACGACCUUGGUGACCAACUGGCGUCCGUGGUUCAAAAUGUGCAUGACCUCCAGAGCAAGUUGCAAGGCGCCAUGCCUCCACCGCCGGCGAACAACUAA